AUGGCAGUGGCAGUGAUGGCGAGAGUUGCUGGAUUGUUCACAUGUGUGAAGAGCAUGAGCAAUUUGUUGGACCAUUCAGCAGACUUUUGGCUGCGAGAUCCUGGAAGGAUACAGAUGGAUCCCUUUGCCCAGCAGAGGGCAAUGGCGGCCAUGGCAUACAAUAUGCACUUUGGCACGAGCGGAAUGGCCGCUGCAGUGCCACAGCCGCAGCCGCCGUUUGCGAGCAUGCCACCUCCGAUGCCGCAGACGCCGCAGACGCCGCCUGCGAUACCGCAGACGCCGCCUCCGUUGCCGCAAACGCCACCGCCUUUGCCUGUGCCGCCGCCGUUGACCGGUAUGGUGCCAGGUUUGCAGCUGCCGAUGUCACAGCCUGCACCAUCGCCUGCUGUGCUGCUGGCCCAGGCCGAUGUUUUGCUGCGAAUGGCAGGUUUGCAGACUGGGAUCAGCACGCCUACGAUGCAAGGAGCCCAGAAGGCACCGGCAAUGGCAAUGGGAGUGCCGAGGCCUGUGAACCCGCCACAGCAGCAGGCACAGAACGUCCCGGCACAGCAGCAGGCACAGAACAUAAGCAGGAGCCCGCCGUGGAAACCUGUGCCUGGCAAGAGCGAGGAGGUCCCGCCUCCCCCGGCUGACGGUGAAACGGCACCGAAGUCCCCACAGCCGAAGGCACGGCCCAUCAAGAUCCACAAGAUUGCCAUGUUCCCCAUUGAUUGGGGGAAGUCGGCCUUGGAGAUCUUUGCCCGGGUCGUUCCCUUGGUCACCAUGGAGCCGCUGCCCACAGAGGCCGCGAGCGGUGCUGGAAGCUCCACGGACCACCUCCUCAACAAGAGGAAGAAACCCUCGUCCGAGGACAAGAGCGAGGACAAGGGCGAGCCGGACGAGAAGACGCACGACGAGGACGACAAGGACAAGAAGGCCGAGAAUGACAAGGCCGAGAAGAACGAGAAGCACGAGGCCGAGAUCAAGGGCGACACGGACCGCAGGCACCGCAGGGACCGCAGGGAUGGCAAAGAGAAAGACCGCAAGGAUCGCAAGGAGAAGGACCAUGGCAAGGGCGGCGAGGACAACGAGGAGCCCACCCCAGAGACCAGUCUGGAGAAGAAGUUCCAGGGCAAGUCCUCCCGCAAGCUGGAGGAGGAGCUCUACAAUGCGAAGAGAUCGCGAGGUGGGCGGCUGACGCACGAGCAUGUUCUCAAUCCCUGUCUGUUCCAGGAGGCAAAUGGGGAUGUCCGGAGCCUCGUUUGCCAACGGGCUGAACAGAAGACGCCCGAUUCGAAAGAGAAGUCAGCGGCCAAGGCUCUGUCUGAGGCUCCUAGGGAGGAUGGUGCCGGCGACUCCAGUUCUGAGAACCGCGACGAGGAUGACGAGGAGACCUUGCCACGGCCGGCCACAAAGGCUUUGGAGGACCUUCUCAAUGAGGAUUCGGAUCUGUUCAAGGACAAGUUCGCAUUGGCUGUCCCGGCGGAAGCUCCCGCCAGCACCCCGAACAUCCCAGCCAUCAUGGAUGGUUCUGCCGAGGGUUCUAAAGGUGCUUCCUGGGAUCAGCUCCCCCGUGUCAUCCGCUCAAAGUUGGAGAAGAUAGACUCGGAUUUGAUUGAUGCCCUACCGACCUGCUUGUCUUCGUCGGACUUCCCUCACUUUCUGGAUAUCCUCCUGGCCGAGGACAUUUUGAACCUCAACGACGCGGUGGAGUUCGUUUCGGAACUGGGAGGACAAUGGCUGGAUAACUUGGGCGAGCAGAGCAAGACUAUCCAAGCUAAGAUGACAUUGAAGGGUAGAAAGCAACUUUCGACGUGGCCCGAGAUGUUGAAGGCAGCCCAGCAGGAUGUCGACGUCAACGAGGGCGAAUCGGGAGAAGUACCCAAGGUGUGCCCGCCCCAUAACUGCAGCAGCCCACCGCCCGACACGGAUGGACACGUGGCUGGCCCGAAAGAUUCGGGAGCUCGGCGAGCGACUGGGAACAUGACUAUCGUCAAGCAGCUUACAGAAGCAUGGCUGGUGGAGCUGCAAACACACAUCAUCCGAGCCUCUGACUACAAGGGCAAGCUGCUGGUCUCGGGCUCCGAGGUGAAUUUGGAAGCCUGGGCCGCUACCCUAGAAUUCUUGGGGGUCCACCGAAGGUGGCAAACAACGAAGUUGUUCACGCCUGCGACGCAGCUGGCCAGCGAUUUUCUCUACAGGUACUGGCAAAACCACGCAGACAAACAAAGCAACAAUUGCGGGCAGGAUCUGAACCAGCAGACGUUUCGGUCGCUGGAGCUCAUAGUGGAUGCAUCCCCGAAGGGGAAGCUGGAUGUCUGGUCGCCGAUCGGCUUUGCUGGCAGAGUCGCAGCGGCCUUGCCGCUUCAGCGACUGAGUGCUCUGGCUAUCAGCACUGCCAGUGUGCAAACAAAGAUGCAAGAAGGCCAGAAGAUCAUUGACAAGUUUGCUGAGACUGGAGAGAAUCAAGCCAAGUUGAAGAAAAUGCACCUGGGCAGCACCAAGACACGGCCGAAAGCCAUAAGCAGCAUCCGCCAGAAGAAGCUUUCUGCCAGAGAGCAGAUGAGGGCAUGCAUGCACGUGUUGUCGGUUCUCGACCUGGAGCUACUGGUCGGAGAUAGUUUUCUUCGUCCGUUGGACGCACAAAAAGGCGAGAAAAGGAUGGUGGAGGACGGCAAAGCUUGGCUGUGGGACCCGUCCACAGGGGAGGCAGCUUGGGAUUGCCUCACCCCGAGGCACCAGUCCAACCUCAGACUCGUCUUGGCUCCAGACGAGGGGUCUACCCUCUGGUCUGCAUUCACCUUCCUUGCCUCCCAAAGCUUCAAGGUGAAUUUUGUUCGUGAUGAAUUGUCAACGCACAAGUUGCAAAACCACUAUCUACGAACGCUGCAGUGCAACAAAGCCGUGAAGAGAACCUGGCGACUCAGUGAGUGGUUGAUGAAAGCCAAAAAAGGUCCUUGGGCCCAUUCUGAGGAUUUGCUACAGGAGCUCUUUGCUUCGUCCAUUUUGGCAGAGAAUGGCUGGGAUCCAAACGCCGAAGGCACUCACGCAUUUGAGAAUGUUUGCAGCAUUGGUAUCAACCCUUUCGCAGACAUGGGGGUGGCUGCCACCGGAGACGACGGGCAACAGUACAACCGCAUCAUGGACUGCUGUGUCCGGGCCCUUGUUGACGAGGAGGCCCACAAGCUCUUCGAAAGCCUUCAGUUCUUCACCGAGGGCCUGGGCCCGCAAGGCAUGGCUUCGAUGGCUAUGAUGUCAGACCUCGACGUGCACGGUCUUGCUACUCGCUCCCCUGCCUGCCUAAGUAAGGAGUUACGAGUGGCGAAGCGACGAUGCAGUGUGCAACAAGACCUCCUCCGAGACCACUUGGACCUUUGCCUCGUUACUUUGUACGAACUCGGGUCCUACCAACUGUACCUCACGGCUGCUCCGGCUUCGAGCGCCUGUCUCCUACUGGAAGAGUCCACAGAAGUCUCCGACCUGGAGGCCGUGCAGUCCAAGGUCCUGCAAGCCCUGAAGUUUGAGUGGGCGACUGUGCUGUCGAUGGAAGCAAGUAAGAACACAGCCGACCUACUGCACAAGCUUUGCCCACAUGUGAAGUGGCAGGUUUACCGUGAGACCCUGGUUGGUCUGGAGUCUGAUGGAUUCCAUUUGACCCAAACCGUUCGUGACCUAGUGAUGGCAUGGUUUCCACGGCUUAGCUUUUCUGCCAAUGUGGAGGAGCAGUUUUCUUGCAUGCAAGACAGUGUCAAACGUGGCUCGAAGGGUGGGACGGCUGGGAUCACGAAUCUCAGUACGGUGGGGGUCAAAGCUCUCUACUCCAAGAUGCUGGACGGACCCGGCCAAGCCGCUUCUGUGAAACUACAAGACUGUGACUGGGAAGGGACGACGGUGCGAGCUUUGAAACAGAAGUUGUUCCAGCCGGAGACCUUCACUGGAAGCCAAGAUCUGCAUUUGGACACCAUCCUGUCUAGUGCAUCCGGCACGUCGGCUCACCAGCACAACAAGGGGACCUUGAACUACAUGAAAGCUUUUCUCGAGGCACUGAAGCUACGCGAGAUCGAGUUGAUCUUUCACGGGGAGCUGCCGCCCGAGACAAUCGACGAGAACAGUGUUGCCAAAAAUGUGGCCCGGUGGGAAGCAGAGGAUUGCCUGAAGGCAGUUCUGCAGCUCAAUGAAGUGAAGCAGCACAUAUCCGAAAAGGAUGUUCAGGACAUCGGGAAGAUGUGUGAGGAAAUGGAUGCGAAGCGGCGAAACCGCAGUGCAAAUGCAGAGCAAGAAGAUGAUGAUGAUGAGCAGCCCGAGGCUUUCGAGCUCAUGGAGGAGCCAGAUCCUACUUUGGCUGCAGCCAACGAGCUUUUGGCUUUGAUCGGAGAUGAUGAUGAGGAGGAGCUGCCUCUUGCUGAAAGGGGAGACGCUGCUGACGCCGCCAAUACACUUCGUGAGUCCAGAAGGUUGUUGACCGGCAAGUUCAACAACAAGGGUUCUUGCUCCGCGAGCUACAAUGAUGAGCUUCCCAAGGAGGAGGUCGAUUUGGCAAAGGUCGAAACAAAAUCGCUGGCACCAGAGAAGCGGUCGCAGUCGCAGGCAUACUAUAUGACCUGGACGUGGGCCAACGAGGCCAUGAAGGACAAGCGGCGAAGGACGCAGUGA